CACGUCCUCUGGUCUCCUGCAGAGUAUGGGCUGACUGAAACAGAUCUCUUCAAGAGCUGAGAGUCACAUUUUCCACCAUGGAUGGAUACCCAAACUGCUCUGCUAACCACACUAACAUCUGGAAUCAUUAUUUAGUGCUUGCACUGGGCAUCCCUCAGCUGACCAUUAACAUAACAUCUGUGAUCUUCAACUGCACAGUCAUCUUCACCAGAAUGGUGACAAAGGAUCUGCACAAGCCUAUCUCUAUCCUCUUCUGCAAUUUGGCCUUUUCUGAUCUCUUCACCAGCUUCUCUGGCUUUUGGAUUUCAGUGCUGUUCAUCACCAAUCCUGACAUCACAAUCUUUGGAUCCCAGGACAUGCUUGCACCUUAUGCCCUAUAUACAACCUCCAUUUUAUCCACCAUCUACAACUUGGUAAGCAUUGGAAUCGAACGCUAUCUGGCUGUGGCUGAAAGCAUGAGGACAAGAUUCAGGGUUGCUAGAAGCCAUUCCAUAGCUGUAGUUUUAAUUAACUGGGUCCUUGCUUUCUUGUUGGGCUGCUUGCCAUUGAUGGGGUGGAACUGCUUGCACAUGGAAAAAAAUCUCUCUGUCCUCUACAGCCCAUUUUGUGUCAACUACCUCAUCUUCAUCACCAUUCCCAACGUCGUGGCAGCUUUUAUCAUCCCUCUCUUCACUUACCUUGGGAUCAUCAUCAUCUUGAGGAAGAGAAAGCUGAGGAUGAAAGCUUGCGGACAAACUACUGGCACCUACAAAUCAGCUGAAAUCCAGGUUGCCAGAACCAGCAUUUUCAUUUGGCUGCUGGCACUCAUCUCCUACGCUCCUUUUUUCGCAGGAGUCAUAUUUGAUGCCACCAACACCCAGUGCCAAAUUGACCUCUACCCAGGUGUCUACAUCUUCCGGAACUGCACGGCUAUGCUGAUCACCAUCAACUGCUUGGGCAACCCCAUCAUCUACACCCUGAAAUCCAAAACUCUGGGGACUAAACUCAAGGCUCUGAAAUGCCACUCCACAGGCCGAGCCUGCACCAUCGAGAACAUCUAACAGGGACUGCAGCCUCAGGCAGUGGGACCAGAGCUGGCCACUGAAGCCUUUCCCAGCCCUGGGGUGGUUCAGCACCCAGUGAGCAAGCAAAAUGUUAUUUUAGAAUCAUAGAAUCAUAGAAUUGGCUGGGUUGGAAGGGACCUCAGAG